AUGGGGCUUCGCUUGGUCCAGUUUGCCUUGAUUGUCGCCGGUCCACCUUGCUCAAUGUUCAUUUUCUUGUCUUCAAGCCAACAUCAGAGGCACAUCUGGGGACCCUGUGGAAAUCCUUUCGACCGUGCCACGCAGCUGGCCAACCUGAUUGCUUCCAACACCGUAGUCUUCCUGCGGAUCAUCAAGCAGGUCCGAGUGGCGUGGGUUGUUCUGGAGCAGCCCCGGGGCAGCUGGCUGCUGAAGUUGCCAGCAGCUGUGGCCUUGUCUAGUGAGCUGCAGCUGGGCCGCGUGAGCACGCACAUGUGCUUCUGGGGCCAUCAGCUGGAAAAGGCCACCGUUCUUGUGGGAGAUCUGCCCAACCUUUCAGCCCUACAUCGCCGGAUGACAAAAGGCAUGAGACGCAAGAUGCAGAGAGCGCACAAGACACACCCGCCUAUGUGGGUUAGAGAUGCUCGUGGCAAGGUCCAUGGCGCCCCACGCUUGGCACAAAGUGCAGUUUACCCUCGCCGGUUCUGCAAUGAUCUUGCGCUUCUCUGGAAGCGGGCGUUCGUUUCACACUUGCUUCAGAGGUGCUUGGCACACGUUGCUCGUGGCCGAUGA